AGCCACAGCUUGCUUGAGCGCUGCACGGGGAGGUUUGCAGUUCUGCGGCGUGGGUGACAGCAGGAGGUCCGGCUCGGGGUGGGGGAGCUCGUCGGAGCGAGCAGGGCGGCGGGAUGAUGGAGGAAGAGGACCUGGAGUUCGUGGAGGAGCUGGAAGCCGUGCUGCAGCUCACGCCCGACGUGCAGCUCGCCAUCGAGCAGGUAUUUCCAAGCCAGGAUCCUCUAGAUCGAGCCGAUUUCAAUGCUGUGGAGUAUAUCAAUACCCUGUUCCCCACGGAGCAAUCUCUGGCAAACAUAGACGAAGUUGUGAACAAGAUUAGGCUGAAAAUAAGGAGACUGGAUGACAAUAUCCGAACUGUUGUAAGAGGUCAAACAAAUGUGGGGCAAGAUGGCCGGCAAGCACUUGAAGAGGCCCAGAAAGCAAUUCAGCAACUCUUCGGCAAAAUCAAAGAUAUCAAAGACAAAGCAGACAAAUCAGAGCAAAUGGUUAAAGAAAUCACCCGUGAUAUCAAGCAGUUAGAUCAUGCCAAACGCCACCUGACCACCUCCAUCACAACGCUGAACCACCUGCACAUGUUGGCAGGCGGUGUCGACUCCCUUGAAGCCAUGACCAGGCGAAGACAGUAUGGAGAAGUUGCUAAUCUUCUUCAGGGUGUGAUGAAUGUACUGGAGCACUUCCACAAGUACAUGGGAAUCCCACAGAUCCGGCAGCUUUCGGAAAGAGUGAAGGCUGCCCAGACUGAGUUAGGACAGCAAAUCCUGGCCGAUUUUGAAGAAGCAUUUCCUUCCCAGGGUACCAAGAGGCCAGGAGGACCUAGCAAUGUCCUACGAGAUGCAUGUCUGGUUGCUAAUAUUUUGGACCCCAGAAUCAAACAAGAAAUCAUCAAAAAGUUUAUUAAACAGCAUCUGUCAGAGUAUCUAGUACUUUUUCAAGAAAACCAAGAUGUUGCAUGGCUGGACAAAAUUGACAGACGCUAUGCCUGGAUAAAACGCCAGCUUGUGGACUAUGAGGAGAAAUACGGCCGAAUGUUUCCACGUGAGUGGUACAUGACCGAGAGGAUUGCAGUGGAAUUUUGCCACGUCACAAGGACAGAACUUGCCAAGAUUAUGCGUACCAGAGCUAAGGAAAUUGAAGUGAAAUUGCUUCUUUUUGCUAUUCAGAGAACAACUAACUUUGAGGGAAUUCUUGCAAAACGCUUCUCUGGCUGCACUCUGACAGAUGGUUCCCUGAAAAAACUCGAGUCUCCACCCGCAUCCACCAAUCCCUUCCUGGAAGAUGAGCCAACACCAGAGAUGGAGGAACUGACAAUGGACAAAGGAGAUUUAGAGCAGCCAAAGAAGCCUAAAGCCCCAGACAAUCCAUUUCAUGGCAUUGUUUCCAAGUGUUUUGAGCCUCAUCUCUACGUGUAUAUUGAGUCCCAGGACAAAAACCUUGGAGAGCUGAUAGAUCGGUUUGUGGCUGAUUUCAAAGCCCAGGGGCCACCUAAGCCCAACACGGAUGAAGGGGGUGCCGUGCUCCCCAGCUGUGCUGACCUCUUUGUCUACUACAAGAAGUGCAUGGUGCAGUGCUCUCAGCUCAGUACUGGGGAGCCAAUGAUUGCUCUGUCUACCAUUUUUCAGAAGUACCUCCGAGAAUACGCCUGGAAAAUCCUCUCUGGCAACCUGCCCAAAACCACAAGUAGCAGUGGAGGGCUGACCAUCAGCAGCCUCCUCAAGGAAAAGGAGGGCUCAGAAGUAGCCAAGUUCACUCUGGAGGAGCUCUGCCUCAUCUGCAGCAUCCUAAGCACAGCAGAGUACUGUCUGGCCACCACCCAGCAGUUAGAAGAAAAACUCAAAGAAAAAGUUGAUGUCAGUCUGACUGAGCGAAUCAAUCUGACUGGAGAAAUGGACACGUUCAGCACUGUUAUCUCUAACAGCAUUCAGUUGUUGGUUCAAGACCUGGAUGCUGCCUGUGACCCUGCCCUGACUGCCAUGAGCAAGAUGCAGUGGCAGAAUGUGGAGCACGUUGGUGACCAGAGCCCCUAUGUCACCUCUGUCAUUCUUCACAUUAAGCAGAACGUCCCCAUCAUCCGUGACAACCUGGCUUCGACACGGAAAUACUUCACUCAGUUCUGCAUUAAAUUUGCAAACUCCUUCAUUCCCAAGUUCAUCACCCACCUCUUCAAGUGCAAGCCAAUUAGCAUGGUGGGAGCAGAACAGCUGCUGCUGGACACCCAUUCCCUGAAGAUGGUCCUGCUCGAUCUACCUUCCAUUGGCUCACAGGUGGUGAGGAAAGCGCCUGCCAGUUACACCAAGAUUGUUGUGAAAGGCAUGACCCGGGCGGAGAUGAUCCUCAAGGUUGUGAUGGCCCCUCAUGAACCCUCGGUGGUAUUUGUUGACAACUACAUCAAACUCCUCACGGACUGCAACACGGAAACCUUCCAGAAGAUACUGGACAUGAAGGGACUGAAGAGGAGCGAGCAGAGCAGCAUGCUGGAGCUCUUCCGCCAGAGGCUCCCCACGCCGCCCGCCGGGCCGGAGGGCGCCAGCUCCCUGUCGCUGCUGGCUCCCACGCCGGAACAGGAAUCCUCUCGCAUCCGCAAACUGGAGAAACUAAUUAAAAAGAGACUGUAGGAGCGUAGCUCCCUGGAAGCCCCCACCCCUCCUGUGCUCCCCCUGACUCAGAUGGUCAGUGUUGCAACUUCCUGGGACAUUUGGGUGGUUGAUGUGUGUCUCUCAUUCCCUCUCUUAAUCCCUGUCCUAAUGGGAGAAGCCAGGUAAGGGGCAGGCUGUCACAAGGCAGUUUCAGUGGUCUCUGGUUCCUGCGGCAGAGGCAGCGCUGGGUGGGGGGCUGCUCUCCACGGUCCCAAUGUCAUGGACUCCGCAGCCUCCCUCCCUCUGCAGUCACACUCUCUGGCACGUGGGUUCCUCACAUGCGCCUUCUGGGCAGCUUGGGUGACAAAGCUUGGAUCUCACCCUCCUGCAUCUGCUGCUGCUUGAGGCUGGCGCUAGGCCCGAGUGAAUGAAGUGGCAGGUACAGGUGCAGGAAGCCAGCCUUGCUUUAUGAAGGACCUGGAAGCAGGCGCUCGCUUCCACGUAAAGCUCAGUUUGGGAGCAUACUUUGCUUCUGGUGCUUUUCGACGUGGCCCAUCUCUCCCUGUAUCCUCACGACUCAUUAAUUUCCGGUUCCCUCUCUGUGUGCAUCCCAGAAACAAUGCCUCUGUGCCUCCCGCCCGGGGGGACGUGUGUGCCGGGCCUCGGACGCAGGUGCCCUCUGUGCCAUGGGCUCCUGGCCUGGGUGUGGGGCAGACCCACAUCUGACUGGGAGAGAGGCUUCUAAGCUUGGCACACUCGCUGUGUGAUGUGAGGUAUUUUCUCCAUUUCUUUAUUCCCACCCUGCGCCUGACUUAGGGGAGGGAGCGCCCUCUGUGAAGGGAAACCAGGAAGUUUCCUAGAAACUGUCCUCGGCGUUCUCCUCCGAUGAAGCGAUGGGCAGCCCAGGACGCCUGUGCCCUCUAACUCCCUUCCUACCCGUUCGUCCUCAAAUCCAAAACACUGUAGAAUUGAUCUGCAGCCCAGGACGCCUGUGCCCUCUAACUCCCUUCCUACCCGUUCGUCCUCAAAUCCAAAACACUGUAGAAUUGAUCUGAAACCAGCAAAGGCGAUGUAUGGUGCCAGACGGACAUGUUACUUUAUCACCAGUGAUAAAGAGCCCAGGUCCGUGGACCUGGGAACCGGGCACUGACCUUGAGCACCGCCUCAGAACCUGGCCUGCCCGUGCGCCCCCGCGGCCCGGGGCCAGGCAGCUGCGCAGGAGAGUUGCCUCACGGGCUCCACCCGUCAGCCUGCGUCAGGAGAACGGUCACAGUGGCCCUGUUCCCUGGAAAGCAAGCCUCGUCCGCUGUGACCCGGCUGCAGGGACCCGGAGUCACAGCGCAGGUUCGGGAAGUAGGAACAAUCUGUCGGCCAGGUAGAGCGAGGCUGAGGAGGAAGGUGAGCUUCUGACAGAGUGCCCAGACCAGGCCUCAGGAUAAAGCUGGGGCAGCAGAUGACACUCAGGUUAGAGGACGUUUCCUAAACGUUCAUGAAACUUGUGACAGCCGUCAGGUGGGAAACGUGAAGGCUUGAAAACCUGCCCAGAAGCCGACGUGUCUCCCGCCCUCCCCCUGUGACCCCUCGGCGCCUGCUCCUUCCCUCUGUCGGCCUCUCGCCCCCACUCAGCCCAUCGGCCCCGCGUUCUCCUGGCCUCGUUUCUCCAUCAGCCUCCAGCCUACUCCUGCUGGUCGGUCUGACUCAUGUGGUGAGCAUCUCAGACUCAGGAACACCGAGGAGAGAGGAUAUGGUGGAAGAAAGAGGUGUGGCUUUUAGCUGAGCUCAGUUAGGAAAAGAUGGCUCAAUAGGAAAAGUGCAGGCCUGUGGGGAGGGAGGGGAGAGCCGAGGCAGCCCGAGGGAUUUCAGGGUGCCCGCGUCUGUCCGGGGAGGUUAACGGGCUAGCACCAAGGGAGGUUAUGUCCUCCGCCCGCUUGUGCGAGAAGGGACAGUGGCCGGUCUCCAAACAGCACGCUCACUGCAGCCAUCUGUCAUCGAUCUGGGAAGCCAGGAAAACCCGGGGGCUGCUGCACCUGGUUCUCGCCACUCAGUGUUUUCAGAUCCAUACUUCCUUUUUGGUUCGUUCGUGGGGAGUCAUUUUCUGGAUGUCUCCAUAGUGGCAUUGAAAUGUCAAGCCCUGUGUUCCGCUGAUUGGUGGUUACAGCCAGGGAAGUUGCUCUGUUGAUUUAUUAUACUGUCAGUAACCUCCAAGGAGUCAGCGGAUGUCGGCAGAAGCUGCAUGUUAAAUGUCUCACUGAUGGGGCCCGAGCGCUGCGAGUGCGUCCCCAGAGGAGAGCAUGGGUCUCAGCGGAGGGAGUGCCUCCAGGUCACGGGGCUCCUGUCACCGAUACAGCUGCCUGGAGACUGAGUAAGUCCGGAGGGGCCUGGCCAUAAGGUUGAAAAGUCCUACAAGUGAUUGUAAUGUGUCCUCCUCAUUAAGAACCAUUGCAGUAGAGAGAAAUUAGCUGUAUCGAACGGUUCCUGUAGACAUUUUCAUAAAUGUGUAACUUGCCGGCUCUCUGAGCAAGUGAAAUUACUGUACAAUUAAACUGUGAUCGCCGUGGUGAAGACGCUUUGCUGAUAGCCAGCCGCUUUCAUGUAACUCGUGUGGCUAGUCGGGACCCUGCCAGAAACUGUGCUGUCCCAUGCUGACGGGGAUUCGUCCCGUUCUGAUGAGCCAGCCCCCAAAGGAAGGUUUAUUUAUUACUGUCAUGUUGGAAUAACAUAUAUAAAGAAGCAGACAUUGAUUAAAAAUGGUAGCUAAUUACUGUUAUUAAGAGCUAGACUCAGAUAUUGUUCAUUCCUCUUUCUGUAGCCCCUUAUAAAAGCCUUGAAAUCACUUUAUGUGGUUAAAAUAAA